AUGAAAAUCCAACUCCCAACCGCGCACACGCCACCAAGCACACAAAAAAAUAAUGUCGUCUUCGCAAUCACAAACAGCCCAGCCGUGAACACCGACUCCGAGUCCACACGACUCGAGGCCUUACCAGCCGAGCUGAUCACCCUCAUCGCCAAUCACCUCGACAUCAAGAGCCUCAGACAGCUCCGGCUCAGCAGCCGCCGGCUCGACGUGGCGUCAAGCCACGCCUUCAAGCUCCGCCUAGCAUGCGUCUCGUUCUGGUUCAUGGAGGCGAGCAUGAAGAGGCUCGCGCUUCUAUCCGAGAGCAGCAGAUGGAGCCAGCACGUCAAGACGCUGGCCAUCAUGGCGAGCUGCCCCGAGAAAGGAGAACGCCGCAGCUCAGAACUCGCCUACCCCCCGGUGGCCUGGACGCUCAGAAGCCCUCAGAUGCCCCAUUUCGGCUUGCAUCUGUAUAGACUACCUGCGGAUCCAGCAGCAGCGGGUGAAGAAUCGGAAACGUUACGCUUCGGAACCAUGCCGAACGUCCACACCCUCGUUCUUCACAUCGGCUCGAUAUAUCCCUAUGGUAUAUGCUCCGGGAGCCUGCUAGAUGUCGAUCAGCACCGCUCGCUUCCAGCGCUCUACGCAGCCCUCCCAAACCUCACCACGCUACAACUACGACGGGUAGACGUAGGCGAAGCGCGUUCCUCAGACUCGGUCCGAUCGCUUGGCCCCUUAGCUCUGCUGACCAUCAAGCCCAGCCUGCGCUGCCUGGGCAUCGGUGACAGCUACUUCGAAUCAUUGCAAGAGGCGAUCGAUCUGGUGCGCAGGCACAAGGAUUACCUUCGGUCAGUCGAGAUCCGCAGAACCUUCGGUAACGGCUGGGUGGGGUUGCUUCGUGUGCUGCAGCACGAGCUGCCGUUUCUGGAGAACGUUGUAUUCGAAGAUAACGAGAUGGUUGAAGGUGUCAGGAUGAGGAUUGAAUGGUCGGAUGGCACUUGCGAUAACGGACAACACGCAAGGGAGAUGAUCAGGGAAAAGGGUGUCAAGCGGACGCUUGGUGAGAUGAUUGCCGGCUUGAACAGAUGA